UAUAUAUAUAUCUUUAAAGAGAACUUGUAUUAUCAAUUCAACAGUUAUAAUAAAGUAAGACUCAACUCAUACAAUUAGAACAUAAUAUAUCAUAAUAAUAAGAUGCCAGAACAAGUUGUAUUAGCUCAUAAGGAUCAUAAAAGAGAUGCUGAAUUCACCAAAGCUUUACAUGGUGAAUCAUAUAAGAAGACUGGGUUAUCAGCCUUGAUGGCCAAAUCCAAAGAUGCAUCUGUUGUUGCCAAUAGUGGUUACUUUAAACAUUGGGAUGGAGGUGUUACUGAAGAUGAUGAAGUUAAAAGAUUAAGUGAUUAUUCUCAAUUAACUCAUCAUUAUUAUAAUUUAGUAACUGAUUUUUAUGAAUAUGGUUGGGGUUCAUCAUUCCAUUUCUCAAGAUAUUAUAAAGGUGAAGCCUUUAGACAAGCUACUGCUAGACAUGAACAUUUCUUAGCUCAUAAAAUGAACAUUAAUGAAAAUAUGAAAGUAUUAGAUGUUGGAUGUGGUGUUGGUGGUCCAGGUAGAGAAAUUACCAGAUUUACUGAUUGUGAAAUUGUUGGAUUAAACAAUAAUGAUUAUCAAAUUGAAAGAGCUCAACAUUAUGCUAAAAAGUAUAAUUUAGAUCAUAAAUUAUCUUAUGUUAAGGGUGAUUUUAUGCAAAUGGAUUUUGAAGCAGAAACUUUUGAUGCUGUUUAUGCUAUUGAAGCUACUGUUCAUGCUCCAGUUUUAGAAGGAGUUUAUUCAGAAAUAUAUAAAGUUUUAAAACCAGGUGGUGUUUUUGGUGUUUAUGAAUGGGUUAUGACCGAUGCAUAUGAUGAAAACAAUGCUGAACACAGAAAAAUUGCUUAUGGUAUUGAAGUAGGUGAUGGUAUUCCAAAAAUGUAUAAGAGAGAAGUUGCUGAACAAGCUCUUAAGAAUGUUGGAUUUGAAGUUGAAUAUGAACAAGAUUUAGCUGAUAAAGAAGAUGAAAUUCCAUGGUAUUAUCCAUUAAGUGGUGAAAUGAAAUAUUGUCAAACCUUUGGUGAUUAUUUUACUGUAUUUAGAACUUCUAAAUUAGGUAGAUAUAUUACUACUGAAGCUGUUGGAUUAAUGGAAAAAUUAGGUUUAGCUCCAUCUGGUUCUAAACAAGUUACUCAUGCUUUAGAAGAUGCAGCAGUUAAUUUAGUUGCUGGUGGUAAGCAAAAAUUAUUUACUCCAAUGAUGUUGUAUGUUGCUAGAAAACCAUUAAAUGCCAAAGAUUAGUUGAGCUAAUCUUUUCAUCUUCCAUCUUAUCUAUCAUACAUUGUAAAUGUCAUACCCUUAACUUAUUUAAUUAAUAUACACUAAUAGAAAUGAACGUUCAGUACAUAGAUCUAUAAAAUACAUAUAUUCUUUUUAGUAUACCAUACCAUACCAUACCAUACCUUUUAGUUUAGUUUUAGUUUUUCACAGCCACUACUCUUCUCUUCUCUCAUCCUAAAACGUGCAUCCCGAUUAGGAAUCGGAAGC